CAAGCUCAGGAGGUUGCGAGGGCGGCAUCGUCUCCUCCCAAAUCUUCUCCAAAAUCUUCCCCUAACUCGCCUCCAAACAAUACCGAUGAUGCUACCGGCACUAUUCUUCCCGAUGAGGUCGGGACAUUUGGAAAUCGCCUUUCCUGAUCAUAUCGCUAACAUUCGUAGAUCGACGAUGACGGCGAAUCGUUAGUUGGACCCGUCAGUCUAGUCUCAACUGAUACAUCUCUUGUGAGCCGGAUGACUAAUGUUGAGCAAUUCAGAGCCUGGCUUCCUCGAGUACGAGUGUGAACAGUUCAAUUUUGGACUAUCGAAUUGAGAAUGGUCGGACAUAUCACAAGUACAAAGACGGCAGUGAGUAUCGAGCUGUGUGAAAGCGACCGACUUUGAUACGAGACUCACUCCUUCACGUAGAAUACGCUAUGCCCAAUGAUGAGCGGGAGCUCGAUCGACUCGACUUGACGCACAACAUGUUUCUUCUCACCUUUGAGAACAAGCUUGGGACUGCGCCACCUAAUACCGAUGCCCAAGCCUCAGCUGUGCACCGGGUUCUUGACAUUGGUACGGGAACUGGUAUCUGGGCAAUUGACUUUGGCGACGAGCACCCCGAAGCUGAGGUUCUCGGCGUCGACUUGUCUGCAGCAUGGCCAAAUUACACCCCUCCCAACGUUCGCUUCGAGAUUGACGACAUUGAAGAUACUUGGACCUACUCCCGGCCUUUCGACUACAUACACAGUAGAGUCAUGACAUCUUCGAUCAAGAACUGGGAGGACUAUACACGAACCUGCUUCGACAAUCUCAACCCCGGGGGAUACCUCGAACUCAACGAGAUUGAUGCUUGCCCGCAGUCCGACGAUGGCACUUUGAAGGAAGACUCCGCCAUUCUCAAGUCCGUCCGCAUGCUCGAGGAGGCCGCCAACCUCUUCGGUCGCCCAUACCACAACGCGCAGGCGCUCAAGGAGAUACUGACGAACAUUGGCUUUGAGGACGUGACUGUCCAGAGAUACAAGUGGCCGACAAAUCCCUGGGCUAAAGAUGCCAGGCAUAAGGAGCUCGGCGCAUGGUGCCACGAGAACCUGGUUGCUGGCUGGGAGGGCUUCUGCAUGGCACCAUUUACCAGGGCCUUGAACUGGUCUAGAGAGGAGGUCUUGAUUCUCAUGAUGCAGGUGCGCAAGGAGUUUAGCGAUCGGAGCAUUCAUGCGUACUUCCCUGUCCAUUCAAUCUACGCUAGAAAGCCUGCCGGGCCAGCUUCGGCAUGAGAUCUGAGUAAGAUUAAAUGGAUAGAAUGAGUUUCAUUACAAAACUCCUUGAACCAGCAGCGUGCGUUCUUCAUCCAUAAGGUCAAAGUCACUGAAGUGGCGUCCUUCGAUGAUCUCCAAAUCCUUCUCCUCGCUGAGAUUUUCCGAGUACGAGGCUGCGUCCUCAAGGUUGUCAAUUGAAGGGAGCGUGCUAUAGCAACCAACGAAUACCAUCUCAUACCGCC